UUCAUGGACCUGUAUUCAUGAUUAAGCAGAUUAUGUUAAAAAAAACACUAUCUGUUAUCAACCUAUGGCACUUAUAUCACUUCAAUAGAAGAUAUAUAUUUUCCUGUCACCCUAAAUGUGUCCGGUCAGUUAUCUUAAGAGGUGUUUUCAUCUCAGUCUUCAACCGUUUGGUUUCCUGUUUUUGUUCAGAAGGUGAUCCGAGGCCUGACUCCUGAUAGUCACUCAUUUUCUGUCACUCUAACAUACCUUCAUAAAUUAGUUAUUUUCCGGUGAGGACAGGUUGUCAGGGAGACAAUGGGGAGCAGGAAAACCUCGGGCUCAGAGGACCUUUCCCCUUUCACACACUUCCCCAGAAGAGUUGGCUGUUCCUCACGUCAUCACUGCUGAAAACAGCGCGGGGGGGGAUCCAGUGCGUCUGGGCUCCAGGGAGAAUUUGUUAUUCCCUCAUCCCUGAAGAAUGACAGGUCCCUAUUGUUUUCAUUCUUUCACUCCUCCAAUGCUCUGACUCCUUUCCGUGCCUGGAACAGGAUAUGGUGGAUUUUUUUGGUUGGUUAUGUUCUGCUUUUACUCCUUACAUGGAUUACAUUGUUCAUCCACCACCAGGGGAAAAAUAAUUGGGCUUUCUGUAGCGAUAUUUAAAUAUUGUGCAGACAGUGGUGGAAAAUUACUGCAUUUACUCAAGUUACUAACUACAUUUCAGGGGGUAACAUUGGACUUCAAUUUUACUUCACUACAAUUAUUUGACAGCUAAAAUCACUUCUUAGGUGAAGAUUUUACAUAUAAAACAUGAUUAUCUAAAUAAAUACAAUGUACGUUCAGUAAUAAGUAAGUUAAAUAAGCUCUUUCUUGACUAUAACAAAAAUAGUUUUGGUUACCUUAAGCACUUUCUACACUAAAAACAUUUAGCUGAGGGUGAAAAGGUGACAACAUGUUGCAAUGCAGGACUAUUAUUUACAGUGGAUCAUUUUUACAAUGUGAUACAAUUACUUUUACUUAAGUAAAGGAUCUGAAUAACUUUUACAUUUGUUAUGUCCAUGUUAGAACAACAAUAACAUGAUGCAAAGUUAACACAUAGUUGGUUACUGGAUGUAAAUCCUUUCCUAACUUUUAAGUUAAAAAGGGACAAAAGAUAGUCCUCACACUUUCAAAUGUUCAGAUGUUAUUGAGAAAUCUAUCAAACUUUUUGUGCAAAGAUUAUUUCUACACAUGUGUAGAGGGGAUUUUUUAAAUGUAUUAAUUCUUCCUGCCACAUUAAUUCCCUGUUGUCUCAACGGCCCGGACGUGUGAUAAUUCUGGCAGCGGUGUAGCUGGAGGUUGCUACUGCGACAGAGGGAGGGGAGGAUGGGUCAGGAUGGACUGGAAGUGUGUCUCCAGCAGCGUUUAUAAACAUGGCCCCUUUACACACCUACUGGUCAUUGUUUACAUCCAUCCAUACAUGCCAUUUCUGCAUGUACGUUUCUGUACCCUGGCAGUGUGACAGAGCUAUAGAAGACGGACCAUCAUCCCACAUCUGGCUUUCCUUCCAGUUCUGCUCCACAGAGUCUAGUUGAUGCCGCAGCACCUGAUCUGCAAAGAUCACAUCUGAACGGAAACCUUGUGGAUAUUUUGGCAAAAAAGAGUUCCUAUUUAGAUCUUUCCAGAACCAGCUGCCACCAUUUCUCCUCCAGCCGCCAUGUACAGCUCCAACUACUCCCGGGCCAAGUUUGGCCUGGAGGCAAGGGAGCCCCUGCACAAACACAAAGGAAAGAGCUGCGGCUACUACAUGAGGAUCGUCUUCUUCUUCUCCUCUCUGAUCCAGUCCCUCAUCAUCGUCAGCCUGGUGCUCUUCCUCAUCUAUGGACAGCCAGAGAAGUCAGCCGAGGAGAAGAGAGUUGAGGACCUGGAGGUGAACUUCAACAGGCUGAGUGAGAACAACAUCCAGCUGAGGAAGGAGAAGGGCGAGCUGGGAGCUCAGCUGGGAGCUCGCACCGGAGAGAAAGCUGCUCUGGUGACAGAGCUGGCCAAGCUAAAGACUGACACCAACAAGACAGAGUUUAUCCUAAAAGAUAAAUUAGCUACCUGUGAGAGAACGAGUGCAUCGACAAUCACAAGCAUUAUGUCACGUCGUAUCACCCCUCCGAUCCAGACCCCUCCUGUCACUAACAGCGGUGAAAUGAAGACUCUUCAGACCCUGAACGCCCAGCAGAAAGCCAUGAUCAACCUGAUUGUGGCGAACUUCACCCAGACGGUGCAGUACCUGAGCCUGGAGAGAGACAACGCCCUCAAAGACAGAGACAUUCACCACCAGGACGCCAUCGCCCUGCGCAGGGAGAACACCAUGCUGAACGAGCAGCUCACCACCUACACCAGGAAAUGCAAGGAGGACUUUGCCCACUCUUUGGACGGGAUCAAAAAGGUGACCAGCGAUUUCCUGACCAAGAUCAACAACCUGUUUCCCCACCAGCUGACCUUUCACCUCACCUGCGACCGCCAGCAGGAGCAGAUGGAGAAGAUCAGGAACAAAUGCACUAACCUGUCCAAAGAUGUGGAGAAUAAGUUCCAGCUGUAUUUGGACAAUGUGGGCAGCAAGGUGGCUGAGAUCCAAGCCUUUUCCAGUCGUCUGGAGGUGCAAAACUCACAUGCGAGCUCUGAACUGAAGCAGUGUGAAAACACUCGCAAAGAGGCGGCCGCGGAGUCAGCCAAUCAGCUGCAGCUCAAACAGAAGACUCACGAUAACCAGGUGGAGAAGUUACUGAUUGAGCAGAACCAGCUGAGGGAUCAGAAGAAGCUGCUGGAAGACACUUUGGCCCUGAGAGACAGAGAGCUUCAGAACCUCCAGGGAACGAUCUCUGCUCAGCCCAAUACCAAGGGGAGAUGAAAUGAACUUGCAGACUGAAGAAACAUUUGUCAACAUUUUGCCUUUAAAUCUUCAAAAGAUUACAUGUAUAUUUUCUGUAUACAACAAACUUUAAUUUGUACAUAAUAAAGAGUCCAUAUUAAUGACUUGCUGUUGUUGGACUGUGCAUGCUUUGUUUAGCUCUACUUGGAUUAGAAUAUGAAUUUGUGUGUAAGUUUAAACAUUGGUUGAAAAGCCAACCAAGGUAAAUGUAAAAAUGUCAAUUACACUGGUGUAAAUAUUCGUCUGGUUAUGUUUGUUGUACUGUAAAUCUUUUGUUUGGAAAUAAAAUGAAACUGACUCACUCCUGAA